CGUGUCCGCUCCACCCUGCGAUGCUCUCCUCGCCUCUGCCCUCGCCAUGAGCUCGUCAGUGCCACCACCACCUCGUUGACCUCGCACACCCUCCGCCACGCCGCCGCCAUGGCGCGCGUCCCGCUCCAGCAGUUCUUAGCCCUCACACGCAAGGAGUGGAUCGUGCUGUGGCGGCAUUGGCCCAUCAAUCUGCUGCGAUGCCUCAUCGUGCCCGUCGGCUAUGCCGUGUUCCUCGGCUACGCCAAGGAGCUGCUCGGCACGAGCAACGACCUCGGCCUCGGCCAGCCGACGCCCAUCCGCCCGCUGAGCGAGGCGCUCGGCAGCUCGCCGCUCUACUACCUCAUCAACGAGACGACACCCUCGGCCGCCUCCUUUGACGGGCGCGCCGUUGUCGAUGCGCUGCGGUCCACGCUGAGCACGGAGCAGCAGGGCCAGCUGAUCGAGUACACCUCCGACGCCGAGCUGGGCUUUGCCUGCCCGCAGAGCUUCGCGGGGCGGUCGGACUGCUUCGCUGCCUUCUCGGUCGAUGCCAUCACGCUGCAGGACUCGCGUCCGGCGGUCAACUACACGCUGCGCUUCAAUGGCGCCGGCCUGACGGUGGUGCGUGCGCCCGACAAUGACGGCGACUAUGAGCGCACAGGACUGCCGCUGCAGAAUGCCUUGGAUCGCGCCAUCAUGCAGGUCUCGCUGGGUCUCAGCGACGCUCAGCUCGCCGACAUUCCUGUGCCGCUCGAGCAGCCCUUUUCGCGGCAGACGAAUGCGGAGGAGGAUGAGGACAAGCGGCUGCAGUUCCUCAGCGGCAUGCCAUCCUUUCUUGUGCUGGCGUUUGGCAUUCUCUUCCUCGGCGUGCCGUAUCACCUGCCGGCGAGCGUCUCGAGCGAGCGCAGUGGCGGCAUGACGGACCUGCUGACGAGCGCCGGCUGCUCGCAAGCCGCGCGGCUGGCCUCGUGGAUGGCCGCCGAGGGCGUGGCCUAUCUCCCGGCCUACCUCAUCGGCGCCGGCGUGCAUGCCACGACGCUCUUCACGCGCACAAGCGCCGCCGCCGUGCUGGCUUUCUACGUGCUGCCGGCCCUAGCGCUCGCCGCCUGGUCGCUCUUUCUCUCGACCUUCUUCCGCUCGAGCGCCCUCUCCGGCAUCGUCGUCACAGGCAUUGCGAUCCUGGGCCUCAUCGUCGGACUGCUGACAAACGACUCGGGCGACGGCGCCGCCGUGCCCAUCGCGUUCGUCCUGCCGUCCAGCUCCAUCACAUACUCCUUCACAAUUGCGUCGCGCUUCGAGACUGCCGGCCGGGCGACGAACCUUGUGCAGCGCGCGCCCAGCGACGGCAGCGGCAGCGAGACGAUUGGCGGCACGCUGAUCGCGCAGUAUGCGAUCAACCUCGUCGCCAUCAUCGUCUUUCCCCUGCUCGCCGCGGCCGUGGAGCGCCGCCUCUUCUACCGCAGCGCCUCGCGUGCCGACAAGCGCGCCGCAGCUGCCCGCGCCGAGGAAGGCGAGAAGGAGCGCCCUGCGCUGGAGAUCACGAAUCUCGUCAAGCGCUACGGGCGCAAGAAGAAGGGCGUCCUUGCGGUCGACGACUUGUCCUUCGAGGUGCCGCAGGGCGGCCUCACGGCGCUGCUGGGCAGCAACGGCAGCGGCAAGUCGACGACAAUGGCCUGCGUGACUGGCCUCGAGGCAUUCUCGAGCGGCUCGAUUCUCGUCGACGGCUGGCCGCGCGACAUGAUGCCGCCGGGCACGGUUGGCUUCGCCCCACAACGCAAUGUCAACUGGAGCGAGCUCAACGCGCUGCAGCACGUGCAGGUCUUCCAUGCCAUCAAGCAUCGAUCCGGGAAGCGAUCCUCGCGCGCGAAGCACGAGGCGCUGCUGGAGCACGUCGAGCUGGCACACAAGAUGAAGACGCGCCCGGGCGCCAUGAGCGGAGGCAUGCGGCGCAAGCUGCAGCUGGCCAUGGCGCUCGUCGGCGACAGCUCCCUGCUGCUCGUCGAUGAGGCCACCACUGGCCUGGAUCCACUCGCGCGCCGGAGCAUCUGGAAGAUCCUGCUGGCUCAGCGCGGCACCCGCACGAUUCUCUUUACGACGCAUGCCAUCGACGACGAGGUCGACGUGCUCAGUGACGACGUGAUCAUCCUCGGCGCGCCCGGCAAGCAGCUGGCGCGCGGCUCGCCCGUGCGGCUCAAGCAGACGCUCGGCGCCGAGGACGGCACGCUGGUGCAUGUUGUGCUGCGCGACGCUGCGCAAGCUGCUGCGGUUGAGUCGGCGGUCGCCGCUGCCGUGGGCGAGGACGUGGCCACGCGCCGGAUCGCGGCACCUAGCGUCGAGGAGGUCAGCCUCCGGCUCAGCACCCAAGAUACGGCUGCUGUCCAGCGCGCCCUGGAUGCCGUCGAGAAGGACAAGGAGCAACUCGGCGUGCUGCACUACGAUGUGCACGGGCCGUCGCUCGAGAAUGUCUUUCUCCGCCUACGUGCCGCGCACGAGCAGGCUGCCGGGCGCGAAGUCGAGGUGCUCGAUGAGAAGAUCGACGCGCAGGACUCGCUCAACCUCCACGAGGGCAAGCAGCGCGGCUGGUUCAAGCUCACCAUUGCGCAGUGGCUCAAGCGUGCCGUCAUCUUCCGCCGCUCGUGGUUCGCGCCGCUUGGCGCCAUUGCCGUCGCGAUCCUCGGUUCUCUCAUUCCGACUUACAUCUUUCUUGAUGACCGGAAUCCGUCAUGCGGCGGACCGCGUGCGCAGCGCAACGUGCGCCGCUCGCUGUUCCUGGAACCGUCCGCGGGCAGCAUCCUGGGGCUCACGACACCACCGCAAGACAUCUUGCUCGCGCCGCCCGGCCCGCUGGACACGAUCCUCGGCGCCUCGUACCCGCUGCAGGCCUCGUCGCUGACGCAGAUCUCGGCGGCCGAGUACAACCAGACGUUCUCGUCGUUUGACACGGCACGCGACAUUGGCUUUGGCGGCGCGCUGCUCGUCGAAGGACAGACGCCGCAGUUUGCCUACCAGGCACAGCCCGACUUUCUCGCUCUCCAGGCGCCGGCCUCAGCGCUGGCGAACCUCGUGGCCAAUGCGCAGGCAUUCCAGGCCAGCGAGAAUGCGCCGAUCAUCUUUCCCUUUUCGCUGCGCAUCUCGUCGAGCUUUGCGGGCACGGGCCUGGGCGAUGCUCUCAAGUGGGCCGUCGUGUAUGGCCUGGCGCAGGCCGUCUGGCCGGCGUUUGCGACGCUGUACCCCACGAGCGAGCGCGCCUCGGGCGCCAAGGCGAUGACCAAGACAAACGGCAUGCGCGCGCUGCCGUUCUGGUCCGGGCACCUGCUCUGGGAGCUACCGAUCGUCCUCAUCGCCACGGUGCCUGUUGCUGCGGCAUUCGGCAGCCUGGAGUCGACCUCUGGCGCGUCGCCGUUUGCAGGCGUCGGGCUGCUGUGGGUCUGCCUCGCGCUGUACGGCAUCGCCGGCACGCUGCAGGCUUUCGUCUUUUCGCUCCUCGCGCCCAACGCCCUCGCCGCCUUUGCGCUGUGCGCAGCGUGGUCCGUCAUUGCGUUCCUGAUCUACUUUGCCGCAUCGCUCUUGACGCUGACGUACUACGUCGGCGGCAACGUGCUGGCCGCGCUCGACGUCGUCUUUUACAUCACGGCGCUCCUCUCGCCCGCGGUGGCCGCGUCGCAGGCCGGACAGGUCAGUAUCAACCUUUAUUCGCGCCUGUGCAACGGCCGCGGCGGCGACUCGGACCUGCCGAUGCGUGCUAUCACGCAUCUCGGCGCCCCGGUCCUGUACCUGGUGCUGUGGUCGCUCGUGCUGCUUGCCGUGCUCGUGUGGCGCGACGGCGCCUCGGCCGACGUGGCGCCGUUGGUGCCGUUCCGGCGCAAGCUCGGCCGGCCCUGGCGCAAGGCACGCAAGACGUCGGUCGACGACGAGUCGCGCCUGCACAAGACGGGCGAGGGCGUCACGGACGAGGCGGCGCGCGUGGAGAGUGCGGCCAGCGACGGCGACGCCCUGCGCGUGUCGCACCUCACGAAGCGCUUUGGCAAGACGCUUGCCGUGGAUGACGUGUCUUUCGGCAUCGAGAAGGGCACCAUCUUCGCCCUCGCCGGUUCCACGGGCGGCGGCAAGAGCUCGCUGCUGCGGUGCAUCCGCGGCGAGGACCUGUGCGACACGGGCCGCGUCACCAUCGGCGGCGUGGACCUCGACGAGCAGAGCAACGCCGCGCGCGCAAAGCUCGGCUCCGUGCCGCAGCACGACGGUCUGGACCUCUCGAUGACCGUCGAGGAGCACCUGCGCUUCUACGCGCGGCUGAAGGGUGUCGCGCGGGCGGACCGCGCUGCGGACGUCGAGACGCUGCUCGACCUCUGCCAGCUGCGGCAGUACCGCGCGCGCAAGGCCGGUGCGCUGUCUGGCGGCAACAAGCGCAAGCUCUCGCUGGCCCUCUCGAUCAUGGGCAGCCCGGCGUGCGUCAUCCUCGACGAGCUCAGCAGCGGCGUCGACCCCGGCACGAUGCGCGCACUGUGGAGCGUGCUGCGGCGCGUCGUGCACGACGGGCAGCGCUGCGUGCUGCUCUGCACGCACAGCAUGCAGGAGCUCGCCAUCAGCCAGCGGCUCGCCAUCCAGGCCAGUGCGCUGCUGCUCAUCGGCGACACGCGCGCGCUGCGCGGCGCCUACCCGGGCCUGUACGAGCUGCAGAUGGACAUUGAGCGCGGCGCCUCGCAGGAGCAGGUCGAUGCGUUUGUCACGUCGUGCGUGCCCGAGGCGCGGCGCUCCGACCUCGGCCUGCGCUACGAGAUCGACCUCGGCGCCGCGGCCGCUGAGCAGGCGUCGCUCGCCGAGCUGCACCGCCGGCUCGCCGUCUCGCCCGAGCAGCGCGCCGCCGCCGGCGUCAAGGGCUGGCAGCUCGGGCCGAUUACGCUCGAGGGGCUCUUCAUCCGCGUUGUGAAGCGCAAUGCGCAGAAGGGCGACGGCGAGGGCGACAGUCCGGCAGUCCAGAAUGACUCUCCGGCGGCUAGCACGCCUGCCUCCGACACGGCCCGCAGCGCCUCGCCGGCGUGAUGAUGCAAUGAUAGACUAUAGACUGCACCC